AUGGGCUCUCCACUCCACCGGUCUGAGUGGGAGCCCGAGGAGAACUUCAAUGCGGAGACCAUUGCCGAAUGGGAGAAGAAAAAGGCCGUAAUCAAGGCUAAACAAAUCCCCCCUUUUGACAUCAAGGCGUUUGACAAGGAUCAGAAGCGCCGGAAAAGAGAAAAACUGCUACGCCAGCGUGCUCGCCAGGAAGAGAGGAGAAACAGACGCCAGGCACUGCAGCAGUCCUUAACAGUCCACGAUAUGGACCAAGACUCUGACCCGGAUGGUGGACGGGAAAGGCUAGCACUCAUUUUCAACCCCUUUUCACUGAUGGAGGCUUGA